CUCAUUGUUCCAUUAAACAACUUGAAUCACAGCUUUUAAAAACACCCCAAGAUAUCAUCCAUCUGGUAUGACAGUCCGUCGAGGAGUCUGCAGCCAUGGAACCUUUCAGCGGUAGUGUCCAAACCUGAGCUUGGAGCCAUAUCAGGCCCAACAUGUCUCCCCCCGCUGCCGUCUCUCCCACCACCCGCUCUGUUGAGCUCGCCGCCCCUGCCGUCAAGCUUCCUGUCGGCUUGAGCAAGAACAACACUACUGCCACCAUCGAGGAGAUGGAGGGCAAGUGGGAUGACUUCAAGUUCGCCCCCAUCCGUGAGAGUCAGGUCUCUCGGGCCAUGACCCGCCGCUACUUCCAGGACCUCGACAACUACGCCGAGUCUGACAUUGUCAUUAUCGGUGCUGGUUCCUGCGGUCUUAGUGCUGCCUACAUCCUCGGCAAGAAGCGACCUGACCUGAGAAUCGCCAUCAUCGAGGCUUCCGUGUCUCCUGGUGGUGGUGCUUGGCUCGGUGGCCAGCUCUUCUCAGCCAUGGUCAUGCGAAAGCCUGCCGAUGCCUUCCUCCGUGAGGUCGGUGUUCCCUACGAGGAUGAGGGCAACUACGUCGUUGUCAAGCACGCUGCCCUUUUCACCUCGACCAUCAUGUCCAAGGUUCUUCAGCUUCCCAACAUCAAGCUGUUCAACGCCACCUGCGUCGAGGACCUCAUCACCCGACCUUCUGAGGAAGGAGUCCGCAUCUCUGGUGUUGUCACCAACUGGACUCUUGUGUCGAUGCACCACGACGACCAGUCUUGCAUGGACCCCAACACCAUCAACGCGCCCCUCGUCAUCUCCACCACUGGUCACGACGGCCCCAUGGGUGCCUUCUCUGUCAAGCGUCUCGUCAGCAUGCAGCGCAUUGAGAAGCUUGGUGGCAUGCGUGGUCUUGACAUGAACGUGGCUGAGGAUGCCAUUGUUAAGGGUACUCGUGAGAUUGUCCCUGGACUGAUUGUCGGUGGAAUGGAGCUUUCUGAGGUUGACGGUGCCAACCGAAUGGGCCCUACUUUCGGUGCCAUGGCUCUGAGCGGUCUCAAGGCCGCUGAGGAGGCCCUCAAGAUCUUUGACAUCCGCAAGAAGCAGAACGCCUUCUAAGCGAUGCGAACAUGAAGGAGCCAUGGGAUAGGGAAAUACACGACGAUUCAGGAAACGUGAAUUCAGGAGCCAGGACCUCGUCUCUCCUUUCGAGGCAAUGGAUCCUUGUCGCUCAUUUUAGUCAAAGCAAGACAAAGGGUAGAGACCCUUCCAGAGCAGAAUGAAACUGGAUAGCUUGAAUACAAUGCUAGCUUGCUCUCACACUUUCUCGUUCAACCUGUGACGUACAAUGAAUGACCUCCAAGAUAAACCAUUCCCUUAGUCAGAUUCGUCCUGGUCGAGUUCCUUUGCUUUUGGCUUCUCGGGUGGAAACUUCAACCCCCGCUUCCCAUCAUUCGGCUCCGUACUCGGACCCCAUCCUCCGAGUCCGUCGGCAGCUGCCACGCCCCCCAGCCCCGAGGCGGGACCGGCCGCACGCCCAGCAAGCUGAUUCUUGCCAACGCCGGGCUGCGUCUCGCCCCAGGCGUUGAGCUCAUCGCGGCUCAUGCCCGUGUACUUUUUAAUGUCUUCGUCGCUGAGGCCCGGGCCGCGCUUCUGAUCUUGAUAGCGCUGGUAGAGGGAUUUCUUUUGGGGUUGUUCUCCUGCUGGUGCAUCUUUUGGUGUUUCGUCCGCGGGGGUGGAAGAUUUGUUGCCCAUGUUGAAAUGGAUGUGGUGAUGAUUGAAGAUGUUGUUUUGUGAGGCGAUGAGAAGAGUAAUGUAAGUGAUGAGAGGAAAGUAUUACCUCUUGGCACGGGAGCAGCUGAUACAAUAUAUACACACAC